GCAUUUUUAUAUCCGGAUUCUCCGAGCAAUUCUGAGCUCCACGGUUCCCGACGCUGUCGGCACAUGCGCGACGGCCCUGCUCCCUCUUCCUCCUCCUCUAGUGGCUUCCACCGUCCGGGCAGCCACCGCCACCGCCGCCCAGGAGUCAGGAAGUUCAAGAUGGCCGCCGCGGAGGCUCAGUCGCUGCGGGAACAGCCAGAGAUGGAAGAUGCUGAUAAUUCUGAAAAGAGUGUAAAUGAAGAAAAUGGAGAAGUAUCAGAAGACCAAUCUCAAAAUAAGCACAGUCGUCACAAAAAAAAGAAGCAUAAACACAGAAGUAAACAUAAGAAACAUAAACAUUCUUCAGAAGAAGACAAGGAUAAAAAACAUAAACAUAAGCAUAAACAUAAGAAACACAAAAGGAAAGAGGUUAUUGAUGCUUCUGACAAAGAAGGUAUGUCUCCAGCAAAAAGAACUAAACUUGAUGAUUUAGCUUUGCUGGAAGACUUGGAGAAACAGAGGGCCUUGAUUAAAGCUGAACUUGAUAAUGAGUUAAUGGAAGGAAAGGUCCAGUCUGGGAUGGGGCUCAUAUUACAAGGUUAUGAGUCUGGCUCCGAAGAGGAGGGGGAGAUUCAUGAAAAGGCACGAAAUGGAAAUAGGUCUAGUACUAGAUCUUCAAGUACGAAGGGGAAACUUGAACUUACGGACAAUAAAAAUAGUACAAAAAAACGAAGUAAAAGCCGAUCCAAAGAACGGACUAGACAUAGGUCUGAUAAAAAGAAAAGUAAGGGAGGUGUUGAAAUAGUUAAAGAGAAGGCUACGAGGAGCAAGUCAAAGGAGAGGAAAAAGUCCAAGAGUCCCUCCAAAAGAAGUAAGUCUCAAGAUCAAGCGAGAAAGUCAAAGUCUCCCACCCUUAGAAGGCGCUCUCAAGAGAAAAUUGGGAAGGCCAGAUCUCCUGCUGAUGACAAGGUUAAAACAGAAGAUAAAAGUAAGUCAAAAGAUAGGAAAAAAUCCCCAAUUAUAAAUGAAAGUAGAAGUCGUGAUCGAGGCAAAAAAUCUAGAUCCCCAAUUGACUUGAGAGGUAAAUCCAAAGACAGAAGGUCACGGUCCAAAGAGAGAAAAUCGAAACGGUCUGAAACUGAUAAAGAGAAGAAGCCAGUUAAAUCUCCCUCUAAAGAUGCUUCCUCUGGGAAAGAAAAUAGGUCACCUAGUAGAAGACCUGGUCGUAGUCCCAAGAGAAGAAGUUUGUCUCCGAAACAACGUGAUAAGUCAAGAAGAAGUCGAUCUCCACUCUUAAAUGAUAGAAGGUCUAAGCAAAGCAAGUCACCAUCUCGAACUCUGUCUCCUGGUAGGAGAGCCAAGAGCCGAUCCUUGGAAAGAAAGCGCAGGGAUCCUGAACGGAGACGCCUUUCUUCGCCAAGAACACGACCUCGAGAUGAUAUCCUCAGUAGGCGGGAAAGAUCAAAAGAUGCCAGCCCAAUCAGUAGGUGGUCUCCAGCCCGAAGAAGAGCCAGUAGAUCUCCUGUUAGGAGGAGGUCCCGCUCCCCCCUCAGACGGAGCCGAUCUCCCAGAAGAAGAAGCAGGUCUCCUCGAAGAAGGGACAGGGGCCGAAGGAGCAGAUCACGCCUGAGAAGGCGCUCUCGGUCACGGGGUGGUCGUAGACGUAGGAGCAGAAGCAAAGUAAAGGAAGAUAAAUUUAAAGGAAGUCUUUCUGAAGGCAUGAAAGUUGAGCAGGAAUCCUCAUCUGAUGAUAACCUUGAAGACUUUGAUGUUGAGGAGGAAGAUGAAGAAGCCUUGAUAGAACAGAGAAGAAUACAAAGGCAGGCCAUUGUUCAGAAAUACAAAUACCUUGCCGAGGACAGCAACAUGUCCGUGCCGUCUGAGCCCAGCAGCCCCCAGAGCAGCACUCGCACCCGCUCUCCCUCUCCUGAGGACAUUCUGGAAAGGGUAGCUGCCGACGUCAAGGAGUAUGAACGGGAGAAUGUUGAUACGUUUGAGGCGUCAGUCAAAGCCAAGCAUAAUCUCAUGACAGUCGAACAGAAUAAUGGUUCAUCUCAGAAGAAGCUGUUGGCACCCGAUAUGUUUACAGAAUCUGAUGAUAUGUUUGCUGCAUAUUUUGACAGUGCGCGUCUGCGGGCUGCUGGCAUCGGAAAAGAUUUCAAAGAGAAUCCCAACCUCAGGGAUAACUGGACUGAUGCAGAAGGCUAUUAUCGUGUGAACAUAGGUGAAGUCCUGGAUAAGCGUUAUAACGUGUAUGGCUACACGGGUCAAGGCGUGUUCAGUAACGUGGUCCGAGCCAGGGAUAAUGCGAGGGCCAACCAGGAGGUGGCCGUGAAGAUCAUUAGGAACAACGAGCUCAUGCAAAAAACUGGUUUAAAAGAAUUAGAAUUCUUGAAAAAACUGAACGAUGCUGAUCCUGAUGACAAAUUUCAUUGUUUGCGACUCUUCAGACACUUUUAUCACAAACAGCAUCUCUGCCUCGUGUUUGAGCCUCUGAGUAUGAAUUUACGAGAGGUGUUAAAAAAAUAUGGUAAGGAUGUUGGCCUUCAUAUUAAGGCUGUACGAUCCUAUAGUCAGCAGUUGUUCUUGGCACUAAAACUCCUUAAAAGAUGCAAUAUCCUCCAUGCAGAUAUCAAGCCAGACAAUAUCUUGGUUAAUGAAUCAAAAACUAUUUUAAAGCUCUGCGACUUUGGGUCGGCUUCACAUGUUGCGGAUAACGACAUAACGCCUUACCUUGUCAGUAGAUUUUAUCGCGCUCCUGAAAUCAUUAUAGGUAAAAGCUACGACUACGGUAUAGAUAUGUGGUCCGUAGGCUGCACCUUGUAUGAACUCUAUACUGGAAAGAUUUUAUUUCCUGGCAAAACCAAUAACCAUAUGUUGAAGCUCGCCAUGGAUCUCAAAGGAAAGAUGCCAAAUAAGAUGAUUCGGAAAGGCGUAUUUAAAGACCAACACUUUGAUCAAAACCUCAACUUCAUGUACAUAGAAGUUGAUAAAGUAACAGAGAGGGAGAAAGUUACUGUCCUGAGCACCAUUAACCCAACUAAGGACCUGUUGGCCGACUUGAUCGGGUGCCAGCGGCUCCCUGAGGACCAGCGUAAAAAGGUGCACCAGCUGAAGGACUUGUUGGACCAGAUCCUAAUGUUGGACCCAGCUAAACGGAUUAGCAUCAACCAGGCCCUGCAGCACGCCUUCAUCCAGGAGAAGAUUUAAACGAGAUGAAGAAGCUCCCAGGGUUUGAGUAAAUUAAAUACAAAGACUGAAGAAAUUUCACAGCAGUUUAUUAAUGUAUAUAAACUUAUAAAUAUUUCUCCAGCAAAUUUGAGGAAGCAUGAUAUAUUUGAAUUAACACCAAGGGUGAUAUUUCUUUUAGAAAUGUUAGUUAAUCUGUUUUGUGUCUUAUGUGAAAUUUCACUGUAGAAAUGUCUUAAUCGCCAAGACUGCACAGAAUUACAGUGCUAAUGUAAAUGGUUGCAGUUCACAGAAAAGACAAAAAGAGCAUCUGUUAUAAAAUGAGUAGUAAUAUGGGUGGUUGAUUUAUUUUUAGCAAACUUGGCUUCAUUUUUGGUCUUCAGGUAAAAUGGCCAGCAUAAAUGCUGUUUAUAUUCACGUUUUCCUAGGUGUGUGUGUGCAGGCCACAGCAGCAUGCCCUGGGUGUAGUCAGUGCCGAAAGGGGUCUGUUCCUUCUUGAGCCUGCCUGCAGGGAUGGUCUCCUCUUUUAAAGCAGGUUGUGUACAACAUUCAGUACACUGAAGGUAAGCUAAACCAUCAACAUCACUGGUGUUUUAAGAUGUUAUUUUAUUGAAACAAUUGACAAACGAGGGAUAUUAGCUUUGUGGCAGAAUCCCCUGCAUGUGUGAUAACUGAUCUUGUUUUAUUUUUUGGCAUUGCAACUGUGGCAUAGUUACGAUUUCUGUUCUGUUCAUCACAUCCAAAAGUUUGAAGAGUGUGCGCUUGAUGGAUGGAGCGCCUUCAGUGUACUGUUUCUUAUUAACUUUAAUUUUUUUUAAAUCAACUUGCUAUAGACUUUAUAUACAUUUUGUUAAAUACAGUUCCUAGUGACAUAGAAACAAUGCGUAGUUUUCAGUUACUAAUAGCAAAAUGUUGAGGCCUAAUUCUGGGAGUCCUCAUAUUUAAAAGUUAGAUAGACAACAUAAUGAAAUUUUUAACUAUUUGUAUGUCAUUUUGAAAGUGUACUGCUUUAUGGUAAAAGUGUUUUUCAUUUGUUCAUUGUUUUCAUUAUUUGUGAUCAUGUUGUCUUUCAAUACAGGCAUAAACCUUCCACUCUUGAACAAAGCAGCUGCUUUUUAAAAGCGGUAAUUGCUUCUUUACCUUUUAUUUCUUUUGUAAAUGAAGCUUUUCUUUAAGGAUGUGACUUUAAAGUGUUGUCUAUUGCAUAAAACAGUUGACACUCACUUAUUGUAAAGUGAAGAUUGUUCUGCUGCAUGUGACGUGGGCCAUGCAGGUUUCUGUAUGUUCUCAGUAUGCAUCACUAGGUAAUAAAGUCUUUUGUGAACAAGG